GCCUGUUGCAAAUCAUGAAGCUCUUCUCGACUACCACCGCCGUCCUCUGCCUCGCCUCGGCGGCGGACGGAUUCGUCGUCGCACCUCCGUCAUCGAGGGCAAGCGUCGCAGCACCCGGCAGGCAGUGCACACGAAUGGUCUCGCCUCUGCCCGCUGCUGCUGCUGCUUCCGCUGGCGCAUCAUCGCUGACGACGGUGCUUCAGUCUUCCGUGGUGCCGUUGAUUGCUGCUGCUGGCGGGGUGGCGGAGCCGGGAACCGUCGAUGCGCCGGGAUGGGUUCUCCCGGCGGGAGCCGUCGCGGUGAUCCUGACUGCGGGACUGAUCCCCCUCCUGCUCAAGCCCGGGGACGACGCGGCUAGGGACAUGCAGGAGAGGGACGAGGGUCUGUGGGAACAAAACAAAAAAUUGUAGAGAGGCAGUCACAUGUUAAGGGUGAGCCAACUGGGCGAAGAAGAAGGAAAUAGAGUUCGUUCCCCGAUUCAGGGGCCGGGAGCCAGCGGCGCGUAUACGGGCCGCCCGCAAUAUAGAGUGAAAGCAGGCAGGGACCAGGUCGUCCUUCUAUUGUAGCUGGGCCGGAGAGGGCUCUCUCACCGGCGUAAGAGGAAGGACACAUUAGGCCGAAGGACCAACGAGCACACAGCCACGGGGACCCUUUUCUUUGCGGCUGGGGGGAGGAAUUCGGACAUCAUUGGGGGCUCGGCGGCCGGCGCGUCGUGCUUCCGAGCGCAGUUCGUUUACCCGUGUUCACACGCUGAAGUGUUGAGUACAAUUGGGUUGAGAGCGGUUGUUGGAGGUGUUGGAGGUCGGGGUUCCUCGAAGCGUCAACAUCCACAAAGCAAGGCGGAACAUGCAACGACACCAUGCGUUGCCACAUAAGCUUUAGUUUUAGAGAGAAAGCUGCGCAUAUAUACGGGCUAAGUAAACGGGCGAAGAGCUCUGUAUCGUGAUGGCGAUGAAAACACGCGCACGCUAAGGCUUCAGCCCGUUCUUGGCCCUUGAGGCGCUGCGUUUUGAAUGACAUUGGGCGAGAGUGUCCAACCGCUGGAGUAGACAGGAUUGAACAAGGACAAGUGUAGCCCCCUAUCCCUGCCGGUGGGGCCCUUGUUUUGCAGAAAAACACCAACAGCACAGGAUGACGCGAGGGAAAAGGUCCAGGAGAACAGAGAAGUGUUGUAGGCCUCGUAGCUGUUGUAACAGGUCGACAGGAGGAAAGGGGGAGAACUAGAGGCACCCUCUUCCCAAGAUGUUCUGAAGCUCUACUUAUAUAGGCUUCAGAGUCUGUCACGGAAAUUCUCAGAACUUAUCGAUUUCGACCCC